GGUACUGCAAAAUAUAAACAGAGGAAGCGAAAAAAUGGAGGAGAACGAAGCAGCAACACAAAAAGAAACCGUAGAUAACACGGGUGAUAGAGACUCCGCUGAAAACCAGACUAAUGAAGCCACAGGAGGAGUUUCCUCACAGGUCUCAAACCCAGUUUGUAAGCCGUCCGAGGAGACAGGAGCUCGGUAUAACAGGCUGAAGCUGCUGGACAAAGUGAUGCAGAAGAGCCUGGAAAAGUUCAUCGACCAUGCCAGUUUUAACAGAUUCGCCAGCACUUUUCGUCCACUCUAUAAGAAAAACCCUCAGAGGAUGGAGAGCAUUCACAAGCAGUUUAUAGAGGAGAUGCAGAAGACUAUACAGGAGGACAUCAGCAGACUGAUCGAAGAAGGUCGGUUAGAGCUCAAACUCAAUGAGCUGGAUAAACUGGAGCGUGCUGCCAAGAACAAUCCAGACCCUGCAUGGCGGCCCAGUGGGGUUCCUGAGCAGGACUUCUGCAGCUUUUUGAUGCCCUACUAUCAAAAGCAAGAGGCUUACAUGCGACUGGAGCUGAAAAAGAUCCAAGCGGAGAAUGCUGCACUUGCACAGAAGGUUCAGGCUGGAAGAGAGAGUAUUGCUCAGACUGAAAACCGCAUUUCAGUGGCUGUUGAUGAGUGGAAGGCAUCAGUCACAGAAUUUGAGAGGCUGGCGUCUUCUCUCUGCCCUGCUGAUGUCUUUGAUGUGUGAUCUUCAUUUUUCCCUGCGAAUCAACUAACUUAACUGUACAUAUUAGUUUUGUUUACUAUAUUUGUUUGUCUGAAAAAUAAAAUUUGAAAUUU